AGAGCUGUUGUUGCUAACGACUUCGUCCGACGUGGUUAUGUAGAUAUACCUACCGACGUACGUUACGUUUUUUGUAACAUAUUUCAUCACUGCUCAGCUCCUAUUAAACAUAGCGUGAAUGUAUAUAGUCUGCAGGCAUUUUCAAUAAAAACUAUCUACUACUGAAAGCAUUUCUCAAUUCGGACCAGUAGCUCUUGAGAUCACCGUGUUCAAACGAACAAAUUGAUACAAAAUCUAACUUUAUAAUAUUAAGUAUAAUAAGAUUAAUUAAAAUAACAAUAAAGUAAUUGUAUCUUGACAGACAAUGAACAGAAUAAGCAUUCCUACGCAAAAAUAAACUGCGUUUAGAAAAAAAAAAACAAAAUUAAAAAAUUUCUACCGCGCCUGUAUUCAAAGUUUUUUAAGCAAAAAAUCUUUAAAAAAAUCCAACGUAACAACGAUUCGCAAAAACAUAUAACAGUUAUUCCAUAUAAAACCAAUUAGUUUUUAUUGUAACUUCGCUUGUCUAAUUAAAAAUUACAAAUUGACUUUUCGUAGCGUUUUGUUGAAUUCUCACUCAUAGUUGUCAACGAACCGCGUUUAGUAACAUACGUCUGUUAAAUAUUCGCAGUGAUGAAUUCUUUUUUAAGAUAUUCACUCUGCGUUUUGUUAUUAGCACAUGCAAAUUCACAGAAGUCCGAUUGGAAAAACCGUGUGCAAAUACAAGAAAUACAGGAUCCGAAUAAUUAUGGAUCACCAGAAAUCCUCCCUUAUAUAUCAACGAAGUUUUCCGAACGAGCGACAGCCGAUGAUGUAGAAGACAAGGACAAAUUAUUGUCUCUAUUCACGAACACAAAACGCGAGGUAAAAGACGCCGAAACAUUUCUUUCAGAAAUGUUAAGAGUUCUGAAGAAUCUAUUUUCUAAGAGUAAACCUCAUGAUCCCAAGAACAGCAAGGUUCAAGACGAUCACAGCAUAGCCUGGUCUUAUUACGAUGACCUAGGGAAGUAAAAAAAAAACAAUUGUAAAAGCGCGGGUAAUUUGACAGGGCUGGACAACUUUUCAAUGGCCUAUUUGCUAAACACGAGCUAUUAUUUCAAAUCUGACCUUUCAUCGAGGGCAAUUUAUUUAAAUUUCUCACGAAAUUUCUCGGGAAGCCUUUAAUAUCAGGUAAAAUUAUUGAAACAUUGACAAUACAGCUUCUUUCUUAAAUAUUUUCUCCAGUGCUUUCGCCCACAAAAUCAUGAAAAAAUAUUUAAUUAGAUCAAUGCCAAAAUUACUUCAUGUAUCGGAUCGUAAGCCGGUAAUAACUUUCAAAAUAUUUGACAUUAUAAUUUUAAAAAAUGUCAUGACAAGGCGUGCAAAUAUUAUCAAAAAGUGUUCAUUUUACCAUGAUAUCGUUAUUAAAAGAAGCUCGUUACUUGAAAAGUGUAAAUUACUAUCCACGCAAAUUACUAACACACCUGUCCACCAUUUUUAGUAUGUUGACAUUUCUAUUUUUUUUUCUCUAUCCCACUGUGUCCCGCUGCUGGGCAAAGGCCU